UUGUCCUUAAAAUAAAUCAAUCUUUGCAAGAAAAGGGUGAAUUAAAUUCGAAGAAAAUACAACCCUCAAAUGUGUAUAUAUAAGUAACAUAACCCCAUAGUUCAUUUCAUUCACCAAGAACUAGCAUAGACAAAUUUAACUACCUUUGCUAGAAAUACCAUAAUCAUAUUAUUAAAGAGAAAAUGUCUAUUGAUCAAAAGACACAUGAAACAGAUCGUAUCUAUGAAGAAUUUGAAGCACCAACUGAUGUCGAUCGCGACGAUGCAAGUGAGACACUAGUUCUUAUACUUCCAGGAUUUAAGAAAGAGCAAAUGAGAGUUCAAGUAACAGCAGCACGUGUGUUAAAGAUAAGUGGUGAAAGACAAAUAAGCAACAACAAAUAUCGUCGAUUUCGUAAAGAAAUCCAAUUACCACUUCAUUUGGACACAAAUACCAUUGCUGCCAAAUUUGAAUCUGGAAUCUUAUACAUUAAACUUUUGAAACAUAUCAACAAAAACAAUAAUGAGCAACAAAAUGUUCCAACACAAGAACCAAAGAAAGAUGAAGAAGAGAAACCAAAGAAAGAAAAUGGUAAAGCAGAGGAAUUAAAAAAAGAUGAUGAUGUGAAGAACAAAGUUGAGGAAAGGCCAGAGACAAUGAGAGUGGUUUCAAAACUGAGACCAGAAUAUGUGAAUGCAUUAUGUGGUUUGUUUGAUGAAAUUAAGAAGAAGAAGAAGAAAUUUCUGAAUUUGUUGCUACUUGCAUUGAUGUUUGGUCUCUAUGUUAAGAAUGUUAUUAAGUCAAUAUUUUCAGGAGGACACAAAAGUCAAGAGUAAUUCAUUAAUUCAUUCAUUGUGUGUGAAUAAGUAUUUCACAAUUAUCUGUAUGUGUAAUAUACUGCAUAAAUUCCUCAAGAGAAUAAAUAAUUAUUAUUAUUAUUUAGUUGUUA